CGAGCUCGCGCAAACAGACGCACCAGAGAGAGAAGUGUACCUACAGGUCGGACCAGCUCCACAGUGGAGUUCUGUCUUCUGGGAAAACAUGUGGCUUCGUGUGUGGGAGUUCACUUUAUUUUAACAAAAAAAACUAAAGAGACAUUUUAACAAAACAAAAUAAAGAAAAAGGAGAGGAUUCGUUUCAAAGGAAAGUUCCGAGGAGACGCUUCUCAAACCUGCAGGUCUGAUGCUUCCUGCCACCACCAUGGAAACAGAGGCCAGUCACAUGCUGGAGGCGGCGCUGGAGCAGAUGGACGACAUCAUCGCAGGUUCCAAAGCAGCAGCCAUGGAGUUCUCCAGCACCGUGUAUGAGCUGGGCUCGCCGGUCAGCGCCGGUCCGAUCCAGGUGGUCCAGUUGGCCGAGGAGCUCAGACUCGCUCUGGAGCUUCAGGCCAACCAGGAGGAGAGAGACGGCCUCAGAGCUCAGCUGCCCCCAGAAACGGCUCAGGCUCUCAUCGACUGGCUGCAGAGGGGAACUGUGAGUGAGCGUCCUGACGGACCAGGUAGAGGCACAAGGUGAGAAGAUCCGAGACUUGGAGAGCUCUUUGGAGGAGCACCGACAGAAACUGGUCUCCACGGAGGAAAUGCUUCAACAGGAACUGAUGAGCAGGACCUCUCUGGAGACUCAGAAGUUGGAUCUGAUUGAUGAAGUGUCCUGCCUGAAGCUAAAGCUGGUCAGCAUGGAGGAGAAUCGCACUGGCAACCSUCCUCAGGAUCCCACGGAGACACAAAACAAUAAAGCUGAGUGUGUGGUAAACCUCAUCAGUGAGCUCCAGGAGCAGAUGUGCAAGUUUCAGGAAGAGAUCAGCACUCGCAUCCAGGAGAAACGAGCACUGGAGGAGAAGGAGACCCAGGAGCCCGGAGGCCAACCGGCCCAGGGCUGCAGUCCUCCUGCGGGGUCAGACCUGAGCCCGUCUGGCUCCGAAUCCUGGAAACACAAAGGAGAACAGACCGUUCACGAUUUGGUCCAGGAAGUAAAGCAGCUGAAGAGCAAAGUGGAGGAGCUGGAGGGAGAAAAGAGCCAGUAUGAGAGGAAACUUCGAGCCACCAAGGCGGAAAUCUCAGAGCUGCAGCACCUCCUGGCCUCCAAAGACUCGGAGAUCGAGAGCCUGCAGACCCAGCUGCUGUCCAGAGGCGGCGGCGCCAACGAGAGCGCGGAGAGAGAGGAGGUGUAUAUCAGGCAGCUGAUUCAAAAAUACCAGGAGUACCAACGGUUAAAGGUUGGAAUGGAGUCUUUGUUAGCUUCAAAUGAUGAAAAGGAUCGCCGUAUAGAAGAGCUGACCCUGCUGCUCGGUCAGUACAGAAAAACCCGGGAGGUUCUGGCUCUGACACACGGGAGCAGUGAAGAGGAGCUGAGUGGAAGUCUAAAGCUUAAAGCCAUCACACACAAAGCCCAUUCGGACAUCAUCAGAUCAGAGAUGUCAUCAAGAGGAUCUUCUCCGCUCAUGCUGUCCUCAUCUCCUUAUCAAAGAGAAAUGGAUUUAAGUUUUCAGAACUGUGUGGACUCGUCGCUGCUGACCGCCGGCGACACGAGUUUCCUAAACGGAUCGUCAUUGCACCGGCGCAGGUUGUUGUCCAGCAGCCUUGAGGAGCUGCAGAGUGGAUCUUUACAAAAGGCUGUUGAGAUCCAGCCAGUUGAAACAGAAUCAGACGUAGGGGCAGAGAGUCCCCAAAUGGAGCUGAGCAAGUACCAAACUCUGCCGGGGAAACUGAGCAAAAAGAAGAGGCAGAAGGACGAGCUGAACGGCCUCGGAGGGACGAACACCGAAUAUUUGUCUCCCGUCCACCUGUCUCCGGCUCACAACCAGGACUACAGCCUGAACCAUUCAGGGAAACUGGAGGAGUACAUCCUGUCGGAUCAGUCCCCGCUGUCCUCUGGAGUGGACUCUGGACAGCAGUCUCCCGUCUCACCAGAGAAAAGAAAAGGCCAACGAGGCAUUAUGAAAAUCUGGGGGAAGAUCCGUCGCAGUCAGUCAGGCAGUCCCGUCCAGGUUCACGACCCAGAGCUAGGGGACUUCAAGAGGGGGGGCUUCAGAGCCACGGCUGGCCCACGUCUGGCCCGUUCAGCAAAAACACGAGAUCUAAAGUUGCCGUUUUCUAAGUGGAGCACAGAUCAGGUGUGUGACUGGCUGGAGGACAUCGGACUCGGCCAAUAUGGCUUCCUCGCUCGGAACUGGGUGAGCAGCGGUCAGACGAUGCUGUCAGCCAGCCCGCACGACCUGGAGAAGGAACUGGCCAUGAAGAAUCCACUCCACAGGAAGAAGCUCCAACUCUCCAUGAAGAACGUCAGCAGCAAACAGCCAGAGAAAUCUGCAGAGUUGGAUUACGUCUGGGUCACUCGUUGGCUCGAUGACAUCGGCCUUCCUCAGUACAAAGACCAGUUUAACGAUGGGAGAGUCGAUGGACAGAUGCUGCAGUACCUCACUGUGAACGACUUGUUGUUCCUCAAAGUGACCAGCCAGCUGCACCACCUCAGCAUCAAAUGUGCCAUCCAUGUCCUCCAUGUCAACAAGUUCAACCCAAACUGCCUCAAACGCAGACCCAGCAACGAGAACCAGUUCACUCCCAAUGAGGUGGUCCAGUGGUCCAACCACCGCGUCAUGGAGUGGCUCCGAUCUGUGGACCUGGCCGAGUACGCUCCUAACCUGAGGGGCAGCGGUGUGCACGGAGGACUGAUAAUGCUGGAGCCUCGGUUUAACUCGGACACGCUGGCUAUGUUGCUGAACAUCUCUCCUCAAAAAACCCUCCUGAGGCGCCACCUGAACACCAACUUCAACAACCUGGUGGGUGCACAGGCUCAGCAGGAGAAGAGGGAAUACAUCGAGGGGGCAGGAUAUUCCCCGCUCAGCAUCACCGCUAAAGUCAAACCAAAGAAGCUGGGCUUCUCCAACCUGACCCACCUCAGGAGGAGACGACCCGACGAGUCCACGGACUACGUCUGUCCCAUCGAGUCGUCCCCGCCCGAGUCCGGACAGUCGGCGCCAAACGGGAUACAGGCGCGUCCGUUUGUCGGCUUCAGGGGUCUGAGCCCCAUCCUGGACCGGGAGCCCACCAGGGACCAGGUGGGGCACGAGGAGACUAAAGCCGACACGAUUCCAUGAUGACGUGUCAAAAACCACGAACGGCUAAGCUUUCCAUGAGCCAGUCAGAUGCUGCAGUUUGGCUUCUAUUGCUUGCAGCCCCCUGAUACCUUAACCAGACCCCCUCCCUGCUCCUUUAAACCCCGCCCAUCAGCCCCACCUGUGCCUUACUCCCCCCCUCCCCCGAUGCACUGCAGGGUGCUCUGAGACGUCGUGGAUUAUACACACUUGAAGUGUUUUGUUAUUUUGCGGUGCGAUGCCUCACUAACCUCAGACCUGUGCCAAGAACUCAGCCACACCUUCAACCUUCUCUGAGUCGAACCUGUGCAAUAUUUGCAUCAUUUUAUUUAUUAUUUAUGACACUACAAGGUUAACCAGGAUGAAUCAUGUUUUGUAUGACACUUGAGUUGUUGUUUUUAAAUAAUUUUCAUAAUUAACUGUAAUAGUAUUUUUAUAGCAUUGCAAAUUUGCAGAACAUAUCAUGUAAAUGUUGAGAUUUAUAAAAAUCAUUUAAUAAACUAAA